AUGGCCACCGCAACUUCCCAAGCUGCCAUUUCAUGGAGCCAAGCGACCAAAACGCGCAAGAGCAUCCAGAAGCGCCUCGAACGGCUGCAGGCUGACGUUGGCUCGGGCGUUGACCUGUCCCACUUCGAGACCAUCGACAGCCUUUUGGAAAAAUUUCGCCUUGGCUGCGUCCAAGCCAUCUUCUCCGACGUCAAAUAUGCGGCCAAGGCCGGCACCGAAGAAGCUCUCUGGGAUAUGCACGUCGCCAUCAACGCCGAGUAUCGUCGCGUUCUCAAGCGACCCAAGAACAACGCGCAUGUCGUCGAGCGACGCAAGGCCGACAAGAUGUACCACAACUUCCUGCGCAUCGCGCAGAAGUUCUACAUCGGAUACGUCCAACGGCUCUCGGCUCGCUACGACAUCCCCGAGCUCAAACGCGUCGCCUACGGUAUCGACGCACGGCAGAUUGCUUCCGCCGACAGCAUCAGCCCCGUUCCUUCAGACCUCGGCCAUCUGGUGCUAGACUCUUGCCAUUCUACCCUUCUGCACCUGGGAGAUCUCGCCCGUUACAGGACCCAGGCGAAGCACAGACCCUCGGGAUAUGACAUGGCCCUCACCUACUACGGCCUGGCUCGCCACCUAAUGCCGCGAUCCGGUUUCGCUUUCCACCAGAUUGGCAUCGUCCACCUCGACAGCGGAAAUCACCUGGACGUGGUGUACAACUUUUAUCGAUCCCGUGCCGCCGAGGUUCCUCAUCCGAACGCGAAGUCGAAUCUCGAGGCCGAAUUUAGGACCCUGCGACGGCCCAACUCGGACAAGAACCGGCCCAAGUCGUCGACUCCGGAUCCUCUCGGCACCUGGUUCAUCAAGCUCCAUGCCCGCUUCUACCAAGGCGAGCCCUUCUCCCAGCAGGCCGAGCUCGAGGAAGAGAUUAUGCAUAGGCUGGAGAUGGCAUGCCGAAUUCCAACCUCGGCCGACAUGCUGCUCAAGAUGGCCCUCAUCAAUAUUUCCGCCUACGAGAUUGCAUCGUCCCUUUUUGCCGAGUCGAUGAAUGAAUCCGCUUCACGCUCCAGCCAAUUUGCCUUGCGCUUCAACGCUCGCUUCCUGUCGACGCUUUGCCGCGUUCUCGACUCUGAACUUCGUCAAGCCAUCUCCGACAAGGAGGAGCCUUCUUCCGAAUCCGCCGUGGUCGAGCUUCCGAACGUUGUUGUAUGCCUUUUGCCCACCCUACGCGUCUACUGUAUCUGGCUUGGCACUCGACAACAGGAGCUCUUUGCUGCCGCUGACGCCUUUGGUGCCGUCGUUCCGACCUUGGCGCAGAGACUUACCGACGUCUUCACACUUCUCUGUGAGAUCACCUACGGCCGACAGAACCUGACACUAUGUCCCUACUUGCUCCCUGAGGAUCUGGAAAUCCGCGGCGUGCGUCCUUUGGCCGGCGAGCAGGUCCCUGAACGCUGCAGAGUGUUCUGCGACAAUGCCGGCGCCCUGAAGCCCUAUCUUCAUGACCCCUCGCAGCGCAUGGACCAAGAGGACUUUGCCAGGGUGUUGGACGUCCUUUGCUGUGCGUACUUCUUGGCCGAAGACUGUCCAUCCCCUAUUGUAUGCCGCGCCGGGAAGGAUCGUUUGAUAUUUGAGUACAAGCCCGGUAUGACGGCUGUUGCCUCGCAAUCCCAUUCGACAACGGCAGUUCUGGCUGAAAAUUUGCCAGUCAACAAAACACCAGAAUCCCGACAGCCUCAAGCGCGAACAUCAAACGCGUUGGAUCGUUGCAACACCAUGGCCGAGCAUUCUGCCACGGAUUCUGAUCAAGGCCCAGCCACCGAAGAUCAUGCCGAGAUGACAGUGAUGGCUAUGCUGACCCCUUUUCUCAAGCCCCCAACACCGCAGCCUGGGCAUCACACACGUUCCCCUUCGGAAUCGUCUUACGGAAUGCACACCAAUACCGCCAACGAUGUUUUCGCUUCUGCGCCAGGAUACGCGACCCCAAAAACCAUGGCUCUCUCGGGUCUAAUUGCACCUUACCCUUGGGCCUGGAACGACAUGCCCAAGCCUGACCUGCAUCAGGAGGCAGCAGCCUCCGCGGGUAAGGCCUUCAUCCGAGCCAACCCUAAUAGCUCUUUAAGGGAGUCGAUGCCUGCCGGGUUUGCCACAAACGAUGAUCCCUUUGUGACUCGAACAUCGGCGGAUCCCAUUCUCACUGCUGGAUCCAACUUUGGGCUCGAUGUAUAUCCCACUUGGGCCGGGGAGAACGCUCAGAGAGGGCAGUUGCCACAAUCCCCGGCAGUCAACAGAAUCGCGAGUAAAUCACCUUUCACCUCGGGCCUUGGGAGUUCGUCAAUGGCGGGAUGGAAUCAGGUGCAAGGCCAACCUCAAUGGUCACCACGGGAAUAUGACCAGGCAGUGGCGUCGUCCGGCACCACUUACUUUUCUCACCCGAGUAGCCUCUAUCAGGGCACCCCCAACAACCUUGGUCAUGGCCUGUCGGAAAAUGGACAUUCUGGAAGUGACCAAUACCACAAUGCAACCAACGACAUGAAUAGCUCGUUACACCUGAGCCAAGCUCAUACGAGCGAGUCAGCCUUGGCCUACGACGGUUCCGUCUUUCGUAGAGCUCAGGCGGAAUCAGCCUUGUGCACCUGGCUCCUUUUCUAUUUUGAGCAAGGCACUCCCCAGGUCGAGACUUUGCAAGGGUUGUGCCAGUACGAGUUUGCAAAUGCCGUAGAGUACGGUUUGCCCUCAUUACGAUUUACUGCAACGCCAACUGCAACGCCAUCGUGCGUCGCCUCGGCCAACGCGCAAACCUUGCCGCGAGAGACACCAAUUCGCCGAAAUGUCCCGUUCUGGUAA